CGCUGACAAGGCAGUGCACAGUGCGUUAGAAGGAAGCUCACAUCGUCGUGUGCUCGACGGUUUCGCUGAGCGAGCGGCCGACCAUAUACGUUGUUGUCCCAAACCAAAGGAUACGAGUUUUAGCCCGGUGGAUAUACGUUAUCGACAGUGCGCAUCAAAAGGUGGAGCUGUGAUUAGGAUACACGUAAGGAAUCCGUUAUUCAAGCAUUUCAGCGCUGGUGGCGUUCGUGGACAUUUGGACGUUCUGGGUCAACAGGAAAUCCGUGGUCUACCGAAAUCAGCGUACAAGACACCCGAGGAGUAAAAAAAGUGGGCGAAUAUGGAAGACGAGCGCGUGUUACCGCUCUACGAGUCUAUCUCUGGACUCCGGCUCGCCAACUUCUACCCACCGUACGCGGUCGCCUCGGGCCUUCAGUACAAGGCCAAGGACGGCGACGUCUUCCUCGUCACUUAUCCCCAGUGUGGCACGCUGUGGAUGCAGCAGAUUCUCUACGUUCUGCUGCACGACGGGUCUUCGCCCAAGGACGCCGCGAGCCUCUUCGGGACCUUUCCUUUGCUCGAGCUAGAAGGAUCCGAAGCCGUAGAAGACGCCCCCAGGCCGCGGGUAAUCACGUCGCAUCUUCCGUACGACUUCAUCCCGAAGUCCUUGCGGGCUAAGUACAUCGUGCUCGUGCGGGACCCUCGCGACGUCUGCGCAGGCAUGUAUCGGCGUCUCCGAACGUACCCCGCGUACGAGUUCAACGACGGCCUGUUGAGCGACUUCUUGGACCUCUUCUGUAGUGACGCCGUCGACUACCGGGGAUACUUCGCCCACUUGAGGUCCUGGUAUGAUCACCGGGAUGACCCCAACGUGUUCUGGCUGACCUACGAGGAACUGCAUUCCCACUUUCAAGACACCGUGAAACGCCUGUCAGCGUUCCUUGGGGUGGAACACAAGCUGUUCAAGAGCAGAAGCGUGUUCAAGAAGUGCCAGGAGAAGAGCACGGUGUCUUACAUGAAGUCGAAAACAAACAAAUACAUGGAAGAGUUUCUGUACAUCCCGUUCGAGAACCUGGCGGCGGAUAUGAGGUACUCCGAAGGGGUCAAGUCCUUCCACGCAUCGGUGCAGUGUGCAGGGUUCUUGGACGCAAUGUCUAGUGUCCGCUGUGUACGUAGCGGUAAAGUAGGCUCCUGGAAAGAUGUCAUCACAGCUGAUGAUGCCAAGAGAGUGGUUCACCGAACGGAACAGAUAGGACGUGACGUGGCGAACGCUGUCUUGUACAACAGGUGAUAUUGCAAGUUUAUGCGCGUCGGUGAAAUCCCAGCGAGUCCUGGGAUAAUUAAAGCGUUUUUUUUUACAA